AGAGAGAGAGGAGAAGGUGGGGGGUUGGUCGGGGGGAGCAUGGCUGCAAGAUCCAACGCGCACACUUGGUCUGCUUCCUUCGCCGCUUGCGUCUCGCCCGCUCAGACCGACCGAGUGUUUGCGCACGAUCGCGGGGGCUCGUUUCCAUUUUCGCUUUUCUUGGCCCGGCGAUCCGCGCCGCUGAGGAGAUUCCAGCGACAAUGGCCACAUAAGGACGACAUUUGCACUCUUGAUCUGUGCCCGACUGGAGCUUUUAUCGCGAUAUCCUGCGCUCACAAGCUCGUCCUCCUCUCGAGGAAUUUCGCUGCGCAACUUGGACAAACCGAGUUGAGUUCCGAGAAAUGGACUUUCUUUAACUUUUCCCGAAGAAUUACACAGCAAAGUACUUUUUUUUUUUUUUUUUUGGGGAGCGAGAUUUACGCAAGGGCUCGUUUAAGAGGUGAACGGACUUUCAACAACCACCAGACUUCAUCGGACUUCAAUUAAUCCAGGACGGUGGUCGCUUUGGGUUGAUUGCAAACAUGCCGCAGGUGGCGAUGAUGUUCUUUCUCGUCCUUGUCGUCGGGGCGUGCGUGUACGCUCAGGAUCCUGCUUCCAAGGUGGUGUCCGACCGCUACGCCGUCUUCUGGAACCGCACCAACCCCAAGUUCUACCGGGGUGAUUACCACAUUGACGUCUGCAUAAAUGACUACCUUGACGUCUACUGUCCGCAUUACAUCAGCCCCGUGUCGGACGAGCGGGCCGAGCGCUAUGUGCUUUACAUGGUGAACUACGAUGGCUACAGCUCAUGUGACCACACCGCCAAGGGCUUCAAGCGCUGGGAGUGCAACAGGCCUUUGUCAUCAAAUGGACCACUGAAGUUUUCCGAAAAGUUCCAGCUCUUUACACCCUUCUCAUUAGGCUUUGAGUUCCGUCCUGGCAGAGAGUACUACUACAUCUCUUCCCUCACUGACGCCAAAGGAAGAAGGAGCUGCCUUCGACUCAAAGUCUUUGUUAGGCCACAAAACAAUUGCGUGCGAAACUCUGGGAGCGUACAGGAAGGGGUCGACUUUGACGAAAACAGUCACAACAGUCUAGAGCCCAGAGAUGACAUCAGUCACGAGUCACCGGAGCCUUCUCGAAGGGACGUAAACUCUGCUGCCGGGUGUUGCAAUUCCGUGCUCCUGCUUAGCUCCGCCCUCCUACUCCUGGCUGCUUUCUUGUCUUUAUAGCGCUCAUUCUGAGGGAACUCUCAGGAAUUGACUGUCCUGAUUGGACCACAGGCUACCAUAUCCUGCAAACCCCCCCCCCCCCCCCCCCCACCUCCCCAUGGAGCACUUUUUUGUUACAUAAAAAAAAAAAAAAAAUACAUUAAAAAAAAAAGACAAACAUGAAAAACACUGACAAUCUCUCUCAGUGAAAAAGGAAGGGACCAUGAAAGUCUUCAUUUCGCCAACUUGUGUGAUUGACCUUAUGGCAAGUGCCGAUGGCCCAUGGUGAAAGAGGCAGAAUCUCUUAUUCACCACCCAGAUAUUAGAAAUGGAUUUGUGUUGACGCAAACACACACGCACACACACCUACACACUCGUAUAUCAGUGUUCACGUUCUUUUAGGAAGUGCUGCAGGAUCACUUAAAGUUUCCAGGCCUUGUCACAUCACAUAAGACCCCGAUAAGUUACAUGACUUGGUCUCAUAAUUAGGAGCUCGCAUGGGUCAGAAGAAAGGACAAUUUUGCUGGCAUGGGGGGGGUAGGGAAAUCCUCUCACAAUAUAACCUUCCUCAGGUGAUAAAGGAAUUGGAUGAUUUGUUGAGAGACUGUGGAGUAGCUUUGGCGAAAAUAUAUUGAGAACAUUUAAAGAAGCACUCAUUUUUAGUGUCUGAAUUGAAGCGUUUUAGUGGUGUUUUUUUUGUUUGUUUGUUUGUUUUGUUUUUAAUGGAUCACAUACUUCAAAUGUCGCAGCCAACACGGGUGUAGAGUAGUAUUUGAAUGACGUGCAAGGUAUGUUUUGUUGUUUGUUUGUUUGUUUGUUUUUGUCCUGGCAACGUGUUUUAUUUAUUGUGAUUCUUUGUGCUUUGAUUUCUGGUGUGGUCAGCCUGUAGCUUUGGUAAAACAGCAAUAAAAACACAUUAGCACAAUAAUUCAUCAGGUUAAACACAAUAACAUACAUUUAAUUUGAAAACAAAAAUAAUACAAAAAUACUGAAUAUAGUUUAUGUCUGUUUUAAUCUAAAUGUUUUAAUGUUUUUUAACAAAGUCCAGGAAGGAAGAAAAAAAGUCUGAUGUGCUAUCAGGGUGUAGAAAUAGUGGAAUAUGUGUUCAAAUCUGUUAUUAAUGAAUGUCACAAUUGUAGGUUUCCUCUUGCAUUAUAUCUUUUUGUGAAUCACAGUCAUUACACAAUUAUUGUAUAUAGUGACAAAUGUCCUGAAGAGUUCAGGGAUGUUUCCAUACCUUAACUGAAGUAUAUAAAUAGCAACAGUGAGUUUAGUCUUCCUCAGAAUAAGCAGCACAGAUUUUGCCAGAUGAUCAUGACGCAGGCUUGUAGUGCACUACAGUAGGGACAACAGUACAGUAUAUCAAUCGAAUAUUGGACUUAUUCCUCUAUGUCCUCCGAAUCCAAAUAAUUCAUCUUACCAUGACAUAUGGCCAUUCAUUAACUUUGUGGGAGCAGUCUGGGGGCAAUGUGACUCUCUGUUCCAGCAUGACUGUGCACCAGUGCCCAAAGCAAGGGACGUACAGUAGAAAGAUGAUUGGAUUAGUUUAAGGAUGAACUAAAACAGAUUAUGCGCCAGAAUCUACACGUGUCCCAAAGUUGUCCACAAGGUGUAAUAUAUAAAGCUCCUGUGGCCAAAAUACACUGCACUGGUGUACCUGCUGAUUGCUGCUAUGAAAAAUCAACCACAUAGAGAGAUAAGAUAAGAGGCAGAAUUGUGUUCUCUCACUCACGGUAAACUGAAACGAGAGGAGAGCAAAACAUGAUGAGCUCAAUAUUAUUUCUCUGUUGUGGACACAUACUAUUUUCGCACAUAGGCACACAUCAUUUUCCUACAAGAUAAAAAUCAAACAGCUGUAGUACCUACUGUAUGUCUGCUUUGAUUUACUCAAGUAUCUGUGUCCGUAAAGAAUAGAGAUAUUCUGUAGAUACAUACAAAUAAUAUAAUAAAAAUAAGAGUGGCAGUAAUUUCAUAUAGUGUCAGAGUCAGUCAGAGUUUUUUUUAUAGUUACAAAAAUCUUAAUGGGAGUGAGUUUGUAACUGUACAUACAAACAAAGUCAGAACAAUAUCAGAAUGAAGUUUUGAUUUUCUAGUCUGGUCAUUCACUUUCAUGUGAAUAAUCUUGUUCUCUCUAAAGAGCAUAUUUACUGCAAAUUUAGUGCUGCAAAUGCUGCUCAAUGUGGGUGCUAAAACACAUUCAUAGGUUACAUGCAUGUUCAACUUUAAUGUUUUGUAACACUGCAUUCACUAACUUAUUUGCAUUGCAUGAUCUCAAAUUCACUUAACUAGCUCCCGCUCUUUGUCUUUCGUGGAUGUUUUUUGUUGUUGUUGGGUUUUUUUUCUCGUGUGUGUUCACAUCCCUGCAGCUUUGUGCAGAUAACAAAAGAUGGAUUUAUUUGUUUCAUUAUACUUCCUGACAUCUACCACCAUCCUCGGUACAUCAGAGUUUAGCCAGUAUUAGUCUCCUCACUCUAACAUGUUCACCUCCGGCCAUAUCACCAUGAGAAAAACAACCAGUUUCCUGGAUACCGUGUAUCCAACAACGAAUCUAUUGUAACAUACAGUGUUAGAUACUUUGUUCACACCCCUGUUGACGGGUGAUCAGUAAGAAAAUAAUGUUUGACAUUAGAAAACUCUUUCAUUUUAUGUGUAUUUUAUAUGAAACAUAGAAACAUUACACCCCUGGGAUGUGAAUUUGUGCAAAUGUGGAGCUUGUUGAACAUGCAGUGGUCAUCCUACACUCGUGAAUCAUGGAAAGGGCCUUAAUGAAGACCAGCUGGAUCUUUAAGAGCUACAAAAUCUCCUCGGUUUUGAAAAAAGACUGCAGUUCAUGCAGGUGUUGGAUUAAAGUAUAGCUCGGUGGUCCUUUGUUAAUCAUCAACUCGAGCUGUAUGAAAGCUCGCUGUGACAAUGUUUCAGGAGGUGCAUUUAACUUCUUUUGCUGAUGUUUUCUAUGUUCUGAACAAAUAGUGUUGCUAGGAGGGUUCGUCCAAAGGGUUCUGUUUCUAUUUCACCUGAAUUUGUUUCCAUGUAACCUGCAGUUUCAGAUUUGCAGAAUCGGCCUUGAUGUGCUUUUGUCUGGGAAAAUAUUUAGGUUACCUUUGCAAAAACUGUUUCCCAAACUCCGUAUUUGUUUUAACAUUGUAGUGAGUGUACCCUUUGCCCCUCCUGAUCUCCUCUAAUGUUUCAGUUUCCCUGCUCGGUCUCUCGCUAGGUUUUUCUACGGAAAGGGCGUUUAUUUGUAAAUACACAUGUUGGAGCAGCUAUAACUAAUGAAAACAAUCAUGGAAAAAAAGAUGUAAUAAAUAUUUCUUUGUCAUUGUAA